UUGCAACGCUAUCCCUUUCGCGUUCUUCAAGUGCACUGACCCGCGCAACAUACGCAUUGUUGUUCUGGUUCCGUGCGAAAUUGACGAUCGCGUACUGACUACGCACGCGCACGCAUCCCAGGAACUUGUAUUUUACCGAUCUGGACACUUGAUCUGGUUGCGUUUAAGCUCCGUUUUAUCGCCUUAUACUGCGAACGAUUGCCCACCUGAUCGUAGCUCUUUUCCCUUUUCUGUUUAUUUCAUUUUAUCUGAUGCUGUAGAAGAAUGUUUCCCAUGUUUUUAUUUUAUUUUGCUUUUUUGUGAUAAAUACGCGCGCCUUGCAAUGGUAUAAAAAGGGAAGCGCUUGCACCUAAGACACCGCACAACACAACUGAUCGUUCGAUCAAGCAAUCCUUUUCAAGCAACUUUAAACAAUUUUUAACAGCAAUCAUGAAGUGCAUCGCAGCUGUAGUCAUGAUGGCGCUGGCCGCUGUCGCCGAAUCUGGACUCGCCCCCCUUCUGUACGGCGCGCCAUUAGCCCUUGCUGCCCCGCACACAACGGUGGUGCAGAGUAACUCGGAUGCCAAGUUUAUUGCCGCCGCACCAGCAUACGCCUAUGCUCAUGCACCGCUGGCAUAUGCUCCAGCUGCUCCGUACUAUUACACCGCUCCACUGGCUUACAGUGCACCGGCAUUCGUCUAUCAGAAGGAAGCUCGUUAUCUUGCCGCCAACCGAGGAGCGAUCCAUGAGGCCCCAUUGCCAGGCCAUGCUUUCUCCCAGCAACAACUUAACCUGGAAUCUGCGCCAGGUUCGGAUUAAUCGCUGCUGGUUAGCAUAAAUAGUUUGUUCCGCCCAAAAAUAGUCAUGAAAUCCGAUCAAAAACACAAUGAGGAACAAUGAACAUUUAAAAGCAAUUCGUUCGAAAUACAAACAUUCGGCUACCAAUGUAAA